CAUUCCCCCGGACCCCUGCUCUCCUGUUCAGUCUGACCAGCUGCGCGCAGUGUGCAGUUGUCAGAGAGCGACCGCACAGCACAUCCCAGUCAGUCCUCUUCCUCUUCCUCUCCUCUCUCUCUUCCAUUCGCACCAUGGAUCUAUCCUCGUAGCAGAGCGCAAGUCUUCUACAGCAGUUGGCAAGUUGGUUCUCUCGUUUGGGGGCAAAAAAGCCUGCAAACAAACCCAAAACGGACGUUUGUUCUCUCUUCCACCGCCGCGCAUCAGCCUGGCCGUUGGGAACACGAUGCCACCCGCCGGGCUGCCUUCGCGCGUCAUGCUCCUGCUCUGUUGUGUCUCCACCGCCGCGUGCAAUAUGUUUGCGUUCACCGAGGAGCCCUCGGAGAGAGCCGGCAAGUCGGACGGCUACUGCAGCCGGAUCCUCCGCGCGCAGAGCGGUCGGAGGGAGGACAACAGCGAGUUCCGCCUGCGCGUCGAGGGAGAGCCCGACGGCUACCAGCCGGGGAGCACAUACAGAGUGACUGUGAUUGCAACCAGCCCCUCCUACUUCAGAGGGUUCACCCUUAUUGCCCUGAAGGAGGGCACAGAAGGAGACCGGGAUGAAGACUACGCUGGGAAUUUCCAGAUAAUGGAUGAGGAGGAAACACAGUUUAUGACUAACUGCCCCCCUGCAGUGACAGAGAGCACUCCUCGCAGACGGACCAGCAUCCAGGUGUUUUGGACAGCUCCCCCGAGUGGCUCCGGCUGUGUCCUCCUCAAGGCCAGUAUUGUACAGAAGAGGAUAAUCUAUUUCCAGGAUGAAGGCUCACUUACCAAGCGAAUGUGUGAGAAAGAUUCGCUGUACGGAGAUGCUACAGAGAAACCUCUGCUCGACUGUUGUGCCUGUGGAACAGCAAAGUACAGGGUCACCUUUUAUGGGAACUGGUCAGAGAAGAUUCAUCCCAAAGAUUUUCCCCGUCGUGCAAAUCACUGGUCAGCCAUAAUCGGUGCGUCCCACUCUAAGAACUAUGUGCUGUGGGAAUACGGCGGCUUAUCCAGCGACGGAGUUAAACAGAUAGCUGAGUUGGGCUCCCCCGUCAAAAUGGAGGAGGAGAUCAGACAGAAGGGUGAUGACGUCCUGACAGUCAUCAAAAUGAAAGCACAGUGGCCGGCCUGGCAACCACUCAAUGUACGGGCCGCCCCUUCAGCUGAGUUCUCCGUGGACCGCACCCGUCACCUCAUGUCCUUCUUGACCAUGUUGGGGCCCAGUCCAGACUGGAACGUGGGUCUGUCUGCUGAGGACUUGUGUACCAAGGAGUGUGGCUGGGCCCAGAAGGUGGUCCAGGACCUGAUCCCCUGGGAUGCAGGCACUGAUAGUGGGGUGACAUAUGAGUCUCCCAACAAGCCCGCUGUGCCCCAGGACAAGAUCCGGCCCCUGACCAGUCUGGAUCAUCCACAGAGCCCUUUUUAUGAUCCCGAGGGGGGCGCUAUCACUCCUGUGGCCAGGGUGGUGGUGGAACGCAUUGCCAGAAAGGGCGAACAGUGCAACAUCGUGCCGGACAAUGUGGAUGACAUUGUAGCGGAUAUUGCCCAGGAAGAAAAAGAGGAAGAUGAUACCCCUGAGACGUGUAUCUACUCCAACUGGUCUCCAUGGUCCGCCUGCAGCUCAGCCACUUGUGAAAAGGGCAAACGGAUGAGGCAGAGGAUGCUGAAGGCCCAGUUGGACCUCAGUGUUCCCUGCCCACACACCCAGGACUUUGAGCCCUGCAUGGGGCCUGGAUGCAGUGAUAGGGAUGCUUCCACCUGUAUGAUGUCAGAGUGGAUCACCUGGUCUCCGUGUAGCUUGUCCUGCGGAAUGGGCACACGUUCCCGAGAGCGCUACGUUAAGCAGUUUCCUGAUGACGGCUCAAACUGCACCGUGCCCACAGAGGAGACUGAAAACUGUGUGGUCAAUGAGGAAUGCUCUCCCAGCAGUUGCCUGGUGACAGAGUGGGGUGAAUGGGAUGUCUGCAGUGCCACUUGUGGUCUUGGCAUGAGGAGGAGAGAGCGCAUGGUGAAUAUGCCUCCAGAAGACGGGUCCAUUUGUGGGGCAGAGGUGCUCGAGGUGGAGAAGUGCAUGAUGCCAGAAUGUCACACUAUUCCCUGCUUGCUGACUCCAUGGUCUGACUGGAGUGACUGCAGUGUGACGUGCGGGAAAGGUCUGAGGACACGGAAGCGCACGCUCAAGUCCCCCGUGGAACUGGGAGAGUGUACAGAAGAACUAGAACAGGUGGAAAAGUGCAUGCUACCGGAGUGUCCCAUUGACUGCAUCAUGUCAGAGUGGACAGAGUGGUCAGAGUGUAACAAGUCUUGCGGGAAGGGUCAUGCGAUCCGGACACGCAUGGUGAAGCUGGAGCCUCAGUUUGGAGGAAACCCCUGCCAGGAAUCCAUCCAGAGGAAGAAGUGUAAGAUCAGGAAGUGCACCCGAGGACAAGCCAACAGCGAUGAGAAGAAACGACGCAAGGAACAGCGAGAAAAGAGGAGGAGCAAACAGGGCAGAGUUGAGGACGCCUCUGAGCAUCCAGGGUGUAAAAUGAGGCCGUGGUCGAGUUGGACGGAAUGUACCAAACUGUGCGGUGGAGGUAUUCAAGAACGGCUCAUGACAGUGAAGCAGAGGUUUAAGACUGCCCAGCUGUCCAGCUGCAAGGACAGGAAGGAGAUCAGGGCUUGUAAUGUGCACCCCUGCUAGGAAGGAGUAGGGGGACCAGGGUUGACGUGGACAGCGGGCGGGCGGGGGCUGGGAACAGGGCAGGGCACGGCACAUGGUUAUACAAUGAUCCAAUGCACUCUGUACAGGGCUGAAAUGGCACAUACUUGAAUCUGUGUUGGUUAAGUCCAGAGCUCAGGUCAGUUGUCGUCCAGAGAAGACAAACCUUCAAAGACACCUCUGGAAAACUCUGGAUUUAAACUUGGCUGAUUCUUCUGUGCUUUCAAACUAGCUCUGAUACACAUACGGCUCUUUUGCAAGAUUACUGUAAACUUGUUGUGGUAAAAUAUAAAAAUAUGAUCAUGAACUAUGAAUUGAUUCAAUAAUAAGAUAAUGAACUGUUAUAUCUUGUGGUAUCCCUCAGUAGUACAGUAUAUUCCAGACUUUAAAGCACAGGUGCCCAACCAUUCCAGUGUUUUAUAUGCCUUCAGUUGUUUCUAGGACACAAAAUGCCCAGUUGACUUUCUACCCAGCGAUAUUGUUGUAGACUCACCACGAUCAAGACAUAUAUGAUUUGGAGCAUUAUUUUUUUGCUGUGGAAGUUUUUGAUAAGAAUGUGUCCCAAGAUUCUCACCAAAGUCUUGUGUAGAUGUUUUCUAGAUGUCUUCCCUUCCUUUUCUUUAUCUCUGAUCCUUUAACAUAUUAAUAUUUUGGAAUAAUACCGCCUUUACAAUAAAAGUAAAUGUGACAACUUGUCA